UAGGUAACAUAUUACUUAUAAGUUAUAAGUAAGUUUUAUCAAGUGUAAGUUUUGGUGGAAAUAUACAUACGCCUAUCCUAACAAAUCACAAUAAUUGAAGACAAAUAGAAUUCUGGAAUCAUGCAUGAAGCCUACGGAGUAACUCAUUUGUUAAAUGCUACAGUUCAAAUAGAAACUAUUGCAGCGUAUGAUGAUUAUCUAUUUUUGGGCACACGUCAGGGCUCCUUAUUGAUGUACUCAUGUAAUUUCAACAGGGAGACACAAAAGUAUGAGUUGCAAAUACUUCAAUUACUUAAAACCUUUAGCAAAAAACCUAUUCAACAAAUUGAAGUUAUUCCUGAGGACAAGCUGUUAAUAUGUCUAACUGAUAAUGUAGUCUCUAUACACAAUAUUAGUGGGGUGAAUAUAUCACUAGCACAGACCUUUGAGGAUACAAAAGGUGCAUCUCUUUUUGCAAUAGCAAGAAAGUCAGCAACAUCUUUAAGUGGAGCACAAAACUCUGUUGUACAAUUAUGUGUGGCAGUGAGAAGAAAACUUUUGCUUUAUUACGGGAAAAAUGGCGAAUUCAAGAAACAUCUAUUUGAUUUUACUGUUGCUGAUGUACCAAAGGUUCUGGCUUAUGGUAAACAGUAUCUAUGUGUUGGAUUCAAGGGAGAAUACACAAUGUUUGACCUCACAUCCAGAAAUCCUGAAGAGCUUUUCCCAACUAGUAGUUCCAAAUCUCAAGAGCCAACUAUAGCCAAGUAUUCUGAGACCUCAUUUCUUCUUGGCCGUGACAACACUUCCGUUUUAGUGGAAGAAGUUGAUGAGGAGGAAAUUAAGAAAACUAUGAAGGAGAAAGAGGCGUCCAACAAAGAGCCAUCAUUUCUUCUUGGGCGUGAUAAAACUUCAGUUCCAGUUGAAGAGGAAAUAAAGAAAAUAGCAAUCAAAAAGACCAUUAAAUGGAAAGACGCGCCAGUUGCUGUGGUGUGGGACGAGCCAUUCCUCCUAGGAUUGUUGCAAGACAACAAGGUGGUCGUACAGACGGUAGAGCCUAGUCUGUUCAUACAGGAGCUGUGCGAAAUUAACAAAGCAAGGCUUAUGUAUAGGUGUAAGCGAGGUUUCGUAUAUGUAGCGUCGGUCGGUCAGGUGUGGUGCAUCAACUCAGUCGACGUGGAGACACAGAGGAACCAGCUUCUCAAAGACAAACAGUUCCAAAUUGCUAUCGAUUUGACGAAUCUCUCAGAAUGUUCGGAGGAGGAGAAGAAACAAACAGUUCGGCACAUACAGAUGUUGUUCGCUAUGGAACUCUUCGAUAGCAAAGAAUACGCUAAAUCCAUGAAGGAAUUCAUUAAACUUAACACCGAUCCAUCGGAAGUUAUUAAGCUAUUCCCCGAGUUAGAUAACAAGCCAGGAUCGGAAAACAAUAAGAAGUUGCAAGGGAAAGACCUAGAAAAUGCUUUAAAUGCUUUGAUCUCGUAUCUAGUGGAGCUAAGACUGAAUAUUGGUAAGAAAUCAGACGGAGAGAGCAGUAAGGAUGACGGGCCAAGCCAAAGAAACAGUGCGCAACAGUUGGAGUUGAUAGAUACUACGUUAUUAAAAUGUUACUUACAGACUAACGAUGCAAUGGUCGCGCCGUUACUUCGCCUCAACAACUGUCGUUUAGAGGAGGCAGAGAGAACUCUCUUACACCACGGGAAACACAGCGAACUAAUUAUACUGUACCAGUUUAAGGGACAACAUACAAAAGCCCUUCAGUUGCUGAGGGAUCAAGCGAAACAACCAGACUCCAGUUUGAAAGGGUACAAUCGAACAAAGAAUUAUUUGCAGCAACUAGGUGCGGAAAAUCUCAAUCUAAUAUUCAAAUUCUCCGAUUGGAUACUCAAAGAGCAUCCAGAGGAAGGCUUAAAAAUAUUCACCGAAGAUAUGGCGGAAGUAGAGAACUUGCCAAGACCGAAAGUUCUAGACUUUCUGCUUAGAGAACACGAGUCUCUAGUCAUACCGUACCUGGAACAUAUCAUACAUAAGUGGAACGAUACAAACUCCUGUUUUCACGACGCCUUAAUACGUAUGUACAGAGAGAAGAUAACCGAUAAAAAGGCUAACACAACAGAAGAAGAGCUGCAACAUAUUAAAGCGAAGCUAGUAGCGUUUCUAGAAAAAUCCACGCAUUAUACACCAGAGAUGGUUAUUCUACAUUUCCCCAAUGAUACGUUGUUUGAGGAGCGAGCUAUUAUACUCGGGAAGUUGGGGAGACACGAACAAGCUUUAGUUAUUUAUGUACAAAUAUUAGGAGAUGUAGAAAGAGCAAUUCGCUACUGUGAAACGGUCGGCGAAAAGUGUACAGACAAGAAUGUAGAUGUAUACGUCAUUCUUAUGAGGAUACUUAUGAACCCCGAACAAAACACCUCUCUUGUUGGCCCUCUAUCCAAUGUACAGAAACAUCCCAACUGCAAGAAACCAGAUUUGGAAACAGCGCUCAGCAUAUUAGAAAAGCAUUCGGACAAAAUAUCUCCAUUAAAGGCUCUAAGCGUAUUACCCGACGAGGUGCCUCUCUCCCGGCUCAAACACUUCCUGAGUCACGCACUCAGCAACCAGCUGACCGUCAAGCGCCGCACUCAAGUGCUCAAGGGGCUGCUGUACGCUGAACACACGCAGGUACAAGAGAUGAAGCGAUAUCACGAAUCGAAGAGUCUAGUCAUCAACGACUACAACGUAUGCGGCGUUUGCAAGAAGCGAUUUGGGAAUCAGAGCGCCUUCGUACGGUAUCCUACUGGUGAAGUUGUGCAUUACUCCUGUAGACUCGAUAAAUAGAAGCUAUUUAUUUA